AUGGAGCUGAACUACACGUACCUGCCACCCACACAGCCCACGCCAGCGGACGAUGGAGAUUACAAAUGUGUGAUAGAUGUCUCUGAUGUGGCCCUGGACGGUGCCACACUGCUCAUCUGCCUGUGCGGACUGGUGGGGAAUGGAGCCGUCCUCUGGCUCCUCGGCUUCCGCAUCCGCAGGAAUCCUGUCACCGUUUACAUCCUCAACCUGGCCUUUGCAGACUUCACCUUCCUCCUCUUCAUGCUCACCUCCGCCCUGUUAUACAUCGUGGAGAAUGUCUCCUGUUCCACUUUAGAGCUCCUGAACUAUCUGAGGCCACUUUUCCUGCUGUCUCUCUUUGCCUACAACAUGGGCUUAUAUCUCCUGGCAGCCAUCAGCAUUGAGAGGUGUGCAUCCGUCCUGUGCCCACUCUGGUAUCGCUGCCGCCGCCCUAAGCGCUUGUCAGCCAUUGUGUGUGCCCUUCUCUGGGCUCUCUCCAUCUCUGUAAUUGCUACAGUGACUUUUCUCUGCAUAUCUCACCACCAUGAGCACUGCCAGCUGGCUCUCAUCUCCAUGUAU